GCGGCGCAGACAAUUUCAGCAGCAGCAUCUUCCUCCUUUCAUCCCUACUCCUAGGGUAGGGCCGGGGACGAGUAUAAAAGCGCGGGGUUCCCAGGACCAGACAUCAGUAAGUCAUCUGCCUUUGUGUGGAUACAUCUUCUGACCGCCAUGAAAGUGUUUGUGAUCGUCGCGUCUUUGCUGGCGCUUGCCGCUGCCCGCCCUGAGGCUGGCUACUCUUACAACCCCCCUAGCCGCCCCAGCUCAUCUUAUGGAGCUCCUUCCUCCGGAGGCGGUAGCUUCGGUGGCAGCUUCGGCGGUGGCCACAGCUCAGGAGGUGGCGGCCACAGCUCUGGAGGUCACGGUGGCGGAUUUGGCGGUGGUGCCAUUUCCGGUGGAUCUUUCAGCUCCGGCGGAUCUUUCAGCUCCGGUGGAUCUUUCGGUGGCGCCUCUCAGGGAGGAUUCGGCGGCGGAUUCCAGUCUUCUGGCGCCUCGUCUGGCUCCUUCUCCGGUGCCUCAUCUGGCUCCUUCUCUGGUGCCUCUGCUGGCGCUUCCUUCGCCCCUGGCCCCAUCAUCCAGAAGCACAUCUACGUGCACGUUCCUCCCCCAGAGCCUGAAUUCAUCCAGUCCCAGCGUCCCGUGAGCGCCCCUGCACCCAGGAAGCACUACAAGAUCGUGUUCAUCAAGGCCCCCUCUCCUCCCGUGCCCACCGCCCCCGUCAUCCCCGCCUUCGCCCAGGACGAGCAGAAGACCCUCAUCUACGUGUUGGUCAAGAAGCCCGAAGACGCACCCGAAAUCAACCUGCCCACCGUCACCCCCACCGCUCCCAGCAAGCCCGAGGUCUACUUCAUCCGUUACAAGACCCAGAAGGAGGCUGGUGCUGCCAUUGGUGGUGGUGCGGCCAUCGGUGGAGGCGCUGCCAUCGGCGGUGGCUACGCAACCAGCGGAGCUUCGGCCAUCGGUGGCGGAUACGCCUCCGGCGGUAGCUCCCACGGCUCGUCCUCCAGCUCCGGAAGCUUCGCCGCCUCCGGCUCCGGCGGCUUCGGCGCCUCUGCCCCCUCAUCCUCCUACGGAGUUCCCCAGACCGGCUCCGGUCCUUACUAAUCACCUAAUUGAAUGUUCACCUGAUGAUGAGAAGCAGCAGCAGCAUGUGUGUUUUGAAUGUAAUAAUCGCGUUAAGUUGAAUAAUAAAAAUGUCCCGCAACCUGAUAAUGAUCCUAGCGAGGGACGCCACGGGUACCAAACUGAGGCCGGUGCCCCCCGGCCGACCCUUCCAACUGACGAGUCUCGUCGAGACUCAUCGGCGUGGAAAUCGACGCACGUCCUCCACAAUUGUAAUAUAUUUUUGUAUCAUAGAGAAAACAUCUUUUUGCAUAAAAUGAUGAAAGGCAAUAAAAAUUUUAUUGUUCUAAAAAAAAA